UGGUCUGUUGCGGGAUAGUUUUACUGAAUGAAAUUACGCGAAUGGAGAGCAUUUGGCAUGUGGGGUUUGAGCAUUCAUCAACGCCAUGGCACAAAUCAAUGCUGUACAUCUGAGCAGCGGGACUGUAUUUAGUGAUGACGAACACCGACAGUCUCCGAUUUCUGCCGAAAGAUCGAUAACGCAAUGAAUCCUUCACGUUUAUCUCAGUCAAUCCAUUUGGCAGAAAAACACUCAUUUUGAACUGACAGGACGCGAAAUCGAGAUUGCAAUAUUAAGUUUUCAAAUACAGAAUAUAGCCUACUCGUUGUUUUGAAUAUGUGCAAAUAUGAUAUAUAAUUAAAAUUGCCUGUAUGUAUGUACAUGUAUAUUAAAGAAUUGUAUUAUAGUGACAAAACGGAAUUAAUUUAACGCUAUCCUUUGCAUUGAAAACACUGACUGAUAUUUUCCUACUUUCCUAUUUCCUAAAUAGCCUACAAAUCUUGAUUCAUUUUGCAUGCAACAUUACAAAGUAAAUUCAAAGUUUGUGUGUAAAACGGUGCUAAUGCAAUUCAACAUAAUGAGAGACGUCUGUAAAUAAAUUAGCAGCAGCAUCUUUCAGCCCCAAUAAAUGCGCAUUUCAGAAAUUGGUCUGAUGACAUUACUGAAUAACACGAUGAGGCUCUAGUUCGCAGUUUUUUUCUCCCCUGUUCCUAAAUGUCAACCAAUAGACAGAGAUAAUGACGGUUCGGUUCAGUCGACCAAUGAAAACUUGAGCUGAUGAGUUUGGCAGGAGCCGCGGAGCGGAAACUCGACAGUUUGACGCGCGGCGCAGAGGUGGCGAGACCUGUCAGAGUUCAAGCAAGGGAUCAGAGAAACGAGGACCGUCAUCCGAGACCAUGGACAAGAAUAAAACUAAAUUAAAGCUAUUUUUGCCGCAGUUAACGUGAUUUCGUUUGUUUUAAUCCGUCAUAGCUUCAUCUGCUGCGCAUCUAGGAGUCAUGGAGCGCGUGGAGCCGAAACCGCCAUCGAAAUCAAAUCAGGAACCCAUACGAUUCGGGAUCGACCAGAUUCUGGGCUCUUUGGACCAGGAGAGCAGGGUCGGAAACACUGUGGAUAACAGCCGCUUGGGAAGCCCAUCCAGGGCGAGCGUCGCGCCUCAUGUCUCCUUACCCGUCUCUCUGUCCGGAGUCACGGGCGCGCUGGAGGACUCCGGGCGGGUGUACGGGGUGAGCGGCACUCUGGUGCCCAGUGGAGUGAUUCGGGUUCCGGCGCACAGACCUCUCGCUGCCGCGGUGCCGCCGGGCAUGGUGAGCGCCGCACCGGCGCUGUGUUUCCCGUGGAUGGACAAUAACCGCAGGUUCCCUAAAGACAGACUGCCAGCUCUCAUUCCGUUCACCGUGACCCGGCGGAUCGGUCACCCGUAUCAGAACCGAACUCCCCCCAAACGGAAAAAGCCCCGCACGUCGUUCUCGCGCGUGCAGAUCUGUGAGCUGGAGAAACGCUUCCACCGACAGAAGUAUCUGGCGUCCGCGGAGCGCGCGGCCCUCGCCAAGAGCCUAAAGAUGACCGACGCGCAGGUCAAGACCUGGUUCCAGAACCGAAGGACCAAGUGGAGAAGGCAAACAGCUGAGGAAAGAGAGGCGGGACGUCAGCAAGCCAAUCGGAUGCUGCUUCAGCUUCAGGCCGACGCCCUCCAGAAGUCCAUGAGCGAAUCAGUGUCGUCGGAUCCUCUAUGUGUGCAUAACUCCUCCCUCUACGCUCUCCAGAACCUCCAGCCUUGGGCCCAGGAGAGACCGGGUAAAAUGGCCCCAACAACCACCGCACUGGCUUAAAAUCACCGCCACGAUGCUGGAAUCAGGACAGUGAAGCUUCAAACUGUCCUGCACUUUCAGAAUGGAAAGACUAAAACCGUCAUAUCUGAAUAUGAAUCAGGCUUUUUGACCAGUUUUUUUUUGUUUUGUUUUUUUUCUAAAUCUCAAAGCAUCUAAGCACUUUUUGUGGGAAUAGUGAACUGUAAUGACUGUAAGUUUAUUACGGACACAAAACCUUUCCAAACACCGUCCCAUGUAGAUGCUGCCUUGGAAAAAUAGGGUGAAACAUUCAAAGAAACUAACUGUCAAUCAACCUGAAUCACAGAAUUGUAUAUAUGAACUGUUUAAAUCAUGUCUGUGAGAAAGUCUACAAAAUAUUGUACUUAUCGUAAUUAUUUUGUGCUCUAAUGGAUUACCGACUAAUGUUUGUCAUUGUUGACGUACUUUCAACUGAAAUAAGCAAUGGUGUGUAAAUACAGUAUAACACUGAACAAUCAACAUUAUGCAUUGAAAAUUUUAUUGUUAAAUAGUUUAUACAACAUUCCAACAAGAGGAUAUUUAAGCUUCCUGUCUCCUCCAUCUGUCUGUCUGAUUGACUGUCUGUCUCUACGUCUCCUCUUUUACAACAUCAUGGAAACGUGAUCGCCCCUCAGUUGACCCUUUACUUUAUACAAUACACAGUUUUUAUAUAACUCUCAGAGACACUGCCACUCCGUAUUUGAUUAUUCAGGCCCACUUUGCAGAGUAUAAAAUAUACAAUGUAUGUAAUCAAUCAAAUAUCAUAUAUUUUAAACUCAUCACACUGUACCGCCACAGUGAUUGUUCAAAAACACAUCAUAACAUGAUCAAAAAUUAGCAGAAAAAUAAUAAAAACAGCAUUACUAUGGUUAUCAGAGCAUAUUUGGGUCUGCCAGGACUGUUUGUGAUUGUGAUAAACACAGGUUUCAACUUUCAACACACUUUUAAACAAGAUGGCUUAUGUUUUCUGGCACAAAAGUAUUUGUU